AUGUUUAUAUCAAUUCAAACAAUUUGUACUUGUCAUGGAUAUCUUCUAUUUGAAUCACUUCAUUGUGAACGAUGUCGUUCAUUGAUUCCAUUUCAAAUUACAGAUGAAGCUUUACCUGAUCCAAUACCAACAAAUAAUAUAACUAAUGGAAUUAGUAUUGAUAGUCAAGGUAAAUCACCAGCAGGUAUGCUUGUACCAUAUCGAAAACAACAACAAAAACCAACAACAACAGGUCGUGUUCGAUUUCGUGUUUUAUGUCCAUUUUGUAAUAGUUCAACAUUUGUUAUACGUUAUUAUUGUAAACGAGAACGAAUUUAUUAUCAAGUACGUAUACAAAGUCGUAAUGAUAGUGAACAAAGUACAUAUAAAUCAAUAGCUGAAAAUCAAAAUAUGAUAAGUAUUGAUGAAUAUGGAAUAAAACGUGAUUUUUCCGAACCUUCAGGUAUUGAAACUGUUGAUGAUUCAAUUUCAUUAAGAAGUUCAACAUCUCAAACAACACCAACAACAAUUAUAUAUGAUCAAAAUGGUAUAUCAACUGGAAAAGAAAAACAAAUUGAAAAUGACCGAAAUUUAUAUGGAUUUAAUGAAUUAGAAGGAGAUUUAUUUAGUGUAUUAAGAAAUGGUUUAUUUUAUGAUACAUUAAUUCAAUGUCAAGAUGAUGUUAAAUUACAAGUACAUCGAUGUAUUGUUGGUGGUCGAUCAUCAUGGUUUCGUCAUCUUCUUGGUGAAUAUCAUGAUGCAAAUAAUAAUGAUGAUUAUGUUUUACAAAUAAGUAUUGAUGAUAUUCAUUCCGAUGUUAUGAAUGAAAUAUUAAAUUUUAUGUAUACAAAUCGUUGUUUAAUUAGUUUAAAAAAUGCACCUGAUUUAUUAAUAGCUGCAAAACGAUUUGAAUUAGAAAAAUUAAAAACACAAAUAGCUGAUUUUCUUUUAUAUCGUCUUACAGUUGAUAAUGCUAUUGAAAUGUUAAUAUGUGCACAUGAAGCUGGUUCAGAAGCACUUAAAGCAGCAUGUAUAAAUUUAAUUAAUCGUAAUGCAGAAAAAAUUAAACGUACAGAAAAAUGGAAAACAUUUAAAAGUCAAUAUAUUGAUCUUAUACCUGAAUUAUAUGAAAAUCGUGUUGAACAUCCAACACCUGUACAACAAGCAUUUUUACCUGAUGUUUUUACACCACCAGCAUUUCCAUCUGAAAGUCUUCGUUCAUUAAGUCAAUUAUAUGAAAAUCCAAUACAACAACGAAUUGACACAUCACGUGGUGUACGUCAAUCAUCAAGAUCUCGACAACCUGGUCCAUCUCAUAUACUUAAAUCAGUUCAAUUAGUACAACCAAAUGAUCUUACAGCAGAAAUGUCUAUGGGUCCUUAUACAGAACGUAAUGAUUCAAGUCUUUCAUUAGCUUUGGAUCGAGAAAAUCCUGGAAAACAAGGAAUAAUGAAUAGUAGUCGACGACCUAUACCACCUAAUACACGUACUAUUUUACCAAAUAUUCGACAAAAUUUUGAAGGUGAUGGUUAUCGUCGUCCAGUUAAUGCAUUUGAACCAAGUCAUACAUUGCCAGCAAAUAAUCAACGUUCGUUUUAUACAAAUGUUCCACAAAAAGGAAUAUCACGAUCAAGAAGAGCUGGUUCACCAAGACGUCCUAACGAAGAUCCAAGAAGUCCACCGAUAACAAAUAGACAAUUCGAUGAUGAUAUGACAUUAACACAAGUGGUUAAUAUAGAACCUGCCGAUUAA